UCUGUUUAUAAAUAGCCUAAAACUUACGAGUAGUUAUUUUACUCGUAAUCCAAAUACGAGUAAAAGUUUAGAGCAUCAGUUUCCUUUGUUAACUUGCUAUCUAGCGGUCAGAAUAUCAUGGUAUGAUGGAUGACGAUGACAGAUCUCGGACCUAACCUCUUUUAAAAUUGAAUUUGACAUUUUGUAUUGUUGGCAUAUUGAACUACUUAUGAUUUCUUAAAGGAUGAAAAUCUUUUAUUUAAUUAUUCUAAUAACUGUUCUAAGUUCCGUUAAAGCUUGGGAUUCGGAGCAACUGGAAGUAUUUGAUGCUGUUGAUGAAGUAAAACACAAUAAUUUUUAUGAGUUAUUAAAUAUUACAAAAGAUGCUACUAAUUCUGAAAUUAAAUCAGCUUUCAGAUCAUUGUCUCUUAAGCUACACCCUGAUAAAAACAAAGAUGUUGAUACAUCAGAGCAAUUUCGUAACUUAGUAACUGUAUAUGAUGUUCUAAGAAAUUCUGUUAAAAGAAAGUAUUAUGAUGAAGUUCUACUUAAUGGCUUGCCAAAUUGGAAGUCUGGAUUGUUUUAUUAUAGAUUUGUUCGUAAAAUGGCUAUGACUGAAGUAUUAAUUAUUCUCUUUGUUAUCAUUACCAUCGGACAGUACCUUGUAAACUGGGGUGUUUACUUUGAAAGACAAUUGACAUUGGAGGAUAUGAAAACAAAAAAGAAAAAACCAAAAAAUAAGUGGAAAGUAGAAGACGAUUUUGAUUUUGUUAUUCCUAAACCAUCAUUUUAUGAUACUCUUCCAAUUCAAAUUCCUCGUUUUUUAUGGUUUCUAAUAACAUCUAUUCCAAGUUGGCUUGGUCUUCUAAAAUUAGCAGUCAAGGAAAAAAUUGAGGAAGUCAACAGACCUCCAACACCUGAACCAGAACCUGAGCCUGUACGAGUGAAAACUGCUAGAAAGAGAAAUAAAUUUGUUGUUCCAGAAGGACCCAACUUUGAAGUUCAGCAAAUAGGUUUAAAUGUUGAUUCAAAUAGUUCAACAUCUACUAUCCCAAUAUCUGGUGGUUUAUGGACAGAUGAUGACUUAGCUGAACUAGUCAGACUGGUAAAAAAAUUUCCUCAAGGCACUGCCGCCAGGUGGGAAAAAAUUGCAGAAACUCUUAAUAGAUCUGUACCUGAAGUUACUUAUAUGGCAAAUAAGAUGAAAGAGAAUGGAUAUAGAUUACCAGCUGAACAAGAAGAGGAAGUACAGAUUAAAGUAAAACAAAAAACCAAGAAGGAAGUGGAUAUUAGUGAUGGAAUAACAAAGUGGAGUCAACCACAGCAACAGGCGUUAGAAGAAGCUCUCUCGAAAUUCCCUAAAGGAGCUGCAGAUAGGUGGGAAAGAAUAUCUGAAUUAGUUCCUGAAAAAACUAAGGAAGAAUGUAUGCUGAGAUUUAGAUAUCUUGCAGAAGAUCUUAAAAAACGGAAAGGAAAAUCUGAGAAGACUGAUGAAAGUGAGAGUAUAAUUGAGCCAAAUAUAAUUAGUAAUUAAGUAUUUUCUGUAUUUAACUUUUUAAAGCGAAAUAUACACAAAGUGAAAAUUAUACA